UCGGAUACACUACAUCCACGAUGAAAGGAUUAAUUCCUCUUUUAUUAUUGGCCCUCGCAUCGUACGAUGUCGAUGCUCAAGAGCCACAAGAGGCUCAAUUAGUUGAAGUGUUUCAAGAGAGUGAUGCUAUUCCAUCACCUGACGAGGCUAGUGGCCGUUCAUUCGGUAUGUUCCAGAAUUUCGACGCGUUGGGAUACAAGGAAAAUUUACUUCACAACAAAAUUAGUUUUCUCUUCUCGCUAGUCCCUCGGCCAAAUGUAGCGCAUUGGAAUCGGCCACCAUAUCCAGGUGGGUUGGGUCCUUACCCGAUGCAGCCGGGAGGUUUUCCACCUGGAUAUCCCGCCCAAUUGCCUCAACCUGGACCCUUACGUCCUCCGCCCUUUGGCGGAGGACCUAAUCCCAGUCAAGGAUUCUAUCCCGGUGCUGGUUUUAAUAAUCCUUAUUAUCCAUCAGUAGUACCUGGUUAUCCUGCGAUGCCGCCUGGUUUAUAUUCACCUGGUAUUCUACCUGUUGUUUCCGAGAACAACAUCACCACCGACGUGAGUGGGGGUGGUAAUAAACCUUCGGCAUCAGCUGCUCCAGCAUCUUCGGCAUCGGCUGUGGUUGCUGCAGCUUCAACAGCAGCUCCAACGACAACAACAACAGCGGCUAGUGCAGACGAAUCAGUGGCGGCAGCAGCGGAAGAAGAGGAAACUAAAAGACACACAAUCAUUAAAAUGAUGCCUAAAUCAUUCCAUAUGAAUUGACUAUACUUUAGCCUAUUUCAUUUUUGAUUUUAAGGGAAAUUAUGGAAAUGUAAAUAAUUGAAUUGAAUACAAAUUACAUCGCAAUCUGAUGAAA